GAGACAUAAAGUGUGGGAUUGGGCUCCCCUGGUUCAGAGACCUGAAAUAAUGUAGCAUAAAUCAUCUGAUUAAGAAACCUAACUUCGACUGCAUUGUUUCAGGAGCCAAUAGCUAAAGACAGAAACAAUGUACAGUUUCAGACUCAGAACAGAAGGGGUUACAAACAGCAAAUAGUAGCCCCACCCACCCUCUGAAAAAGCCUCAGCACAUUGUUGGUGUCCGGUAUCUCAACCAUAACAGCUUUUCCAAGACGCACAGCAGCUCCCAGUGCAACAUAAAAGAUCAGGAAUAAUACUACUGAGGAACAUGGAAGGGAAUUAUUAUGGAUCAGUGGCCCAACCCCACCUAAUGGGUCAACCAUCCCAGCCCAUGAUGAAUGCAUAUCCCGGAGUGAACACGAUGUAUGGUCCUCCACCUUCCCAGUCAAUGGGUGCAGCUCCUUUUGUGGCUCCAGUGAGUCCAUAUCCAAAUCUAAACAGCAGCCUGGCUGCACCCACUUAUCCACCUGUUGGAAUGGAUAGCCCCUCAGCGCCUCUCCUUGGUCCAGGUGCAAUUGGCCCGACAGCUCCUUCAUCUGAUAUGUUUGGUCCUGUGCCUGGCUAUGAAGGAAUUGGUGAUAACAGUGGGAGGUUCCUUCCUCCUCCUCCUCCAGCCUUGAUCCCAGGUCCCGCUGUACCAUCUCCUGAAAACGCUGAAUGGACGAUCCCGUGUAUCUCAGAAGAUGCUGCCAAAGAAGCCUUUCUACAAUACGCCAAGGAAUCGUGUUGCUAUGGCACCUCACCAGCACAAGAUAUGGUAUUCAAGGAAUUCACUUCCUUUAAUACCUACAGGUAUCGCUUGGAAACCUUCACAGAGUCGCGGGAGUUCAACUGGCAGACAAAGCCUUUUGAUGGUCAUGCAGCUGAUGUAGGGGUGCAUGGAACCCCUCCACAGCCUUGGGAUAUCCCUGUGCAGUAUCCAGCUCUCUUUAAGGACGAUGAGAAGAAAAUGCCCGUUCCCGGCACCUCCUCUAUAAAGACCUGCCCACAGUGCAUGGGCAUAGGCAAAACCACUUGCACCAAAUGUGCGGGAACUGGCCGGGUGCAGUGCACUUGGUGUCACGGGACAGGACAUCGUGAUGGUGAAGACUCAUGCUCCACCUGUCAAGGCCAUGGAACUGAAAGCUGCAGAACAUGUAGUGGCGCCAUGCAGUGUUGCCAAGGAUGCUCUGGCAAAGGGAAAGUUGUGAACUUCAUUCAGCUGACCGUCACAUGGAAAAAUAACAUAUUUGAGUUUGUUGCUGAUCACAACUCAGAUUUUCAAACUGAUCUCUUCAAGAAGGUGACAGGAGAGAAGCUCUUCACUGAUGAGCAACACUUGGUAUCUCCACUAGUAACUUUCCCUAAACAAUCCAUUAACAAAGCUUCUCAGGAUGGACAGAACGAACAUUAUAACACAUUUUCCUCUACAAGCAGAAUACUAAGACAAAGACAAACCAUUGAGUUGCUGCCACUUACUAAAGUGCAUUACACCUGGAAAGAGAAUCCAUAUUCCUACUUUGUCUACGGCAGAGAGAACAAAGUUUACACAACAAACUAUCCCCAAAAGUGCUGCUGCGUCUUGCUCUAGAACUUCUACUGGAUACUGCCUUACAUCCAUUUGUGUUUUGUAACUCAGCAUUGUACCUCAAUUAAUUAAAAAAAAAAUUAUAUAUGAUAUACAUGAUAUGUGUGUGGAGGGGGGGUACUAACUAAAAAUCCACAUUUGUACUCUACCAAUCCAUAUUUUUUUAUAUUUUGUAUAAUUUAAGAUUAUUAUUUACAUUCUCUUUUAUUACAGAGAUUAAGUGCAAAAAAUCAUUGUACACAUUUCUCACAUGUGGUGUCUUUAAAUGCUAACCUUUAUGCAAAUCUGGCACCAAUGGACAGUCUCGAUACCCCGAGUACCACCUUGGUAGCAAAAAACGGGCACACACCUGGACAAUACUGCCUCUGGAAGGGCUCAGGCCUACUCCCUUGUCCAUAGUACCAAUAUGGAUACCAAUGGACUAUAACCAAAUAAGCACUAAUAAUACUAAUAAGUGUAACUGUCUUUUUCCUUUAGUUUGUUGUUUAAUAAAAAUAUUUUAAAAAAA